AUGCACAGCUUGUCUAUAGAUCCCAACCUGCUGCAGAUAAGGCUUGGAUAUGAACCGUGCCUCGGCCGGAUGGAGACACACCUAAUCAAACUAAUGACAGAAGACGAACUCAACAGGUGGAGCCACGGCCUGGCCUACGGAGGCUUCCUGCGGACUGCUGCAGCAUCUGCGCCGCCGCCGCUGCCUUCGGCGCCUCCCUCCAGCCGGCCGCCUUCAGUUCGAGAAGAGGAAAUUCUUGUCAACGUCUCUGUGCCAGAAGGAGUGGCAUUUGACGGGGUGCCUACUUCGAGGGAGAGACAUGAUGGACACAUCCAGUACAACGAGGCGCGGAAUGUUCUGAUAAUUACAUCGCCUGAUGACACGAGUCCUUUGACGAUUCCAUGCUCUUUGGUGACCAUGUCAGUGGACAAAGACGCGCACGCCAUCACCUUCAAGUCGGCAGAGGCAAGCACCACCACCGCCCAAGAACCCGUACACCCGAACCCACUCGCAGCUGUGGCGGGAGCAGGAAAGUACUAUCAACCACCUGCCAAGUUGACGCCACCUCCUUCACCAAAGGAGCCCGAAGAAAGUACAGAAAAACCCAAGCCGCCAGAAGAUGACGAGGUGUUUGUGAUACGGGACGGGUAUUUGAUGCUUUUCGAGAAGGCGGGGGAUCCCCAGCCUAUCCUUAAGCUGCACAACGCCGAUUGUGUGACGCUUGCUGAUGCCACCAACCGGGAGUUUGUUAUUACCCACAAACCCGGGACUCCAGAAGAAGAAACAUACGUAUUUUCCUUUCCUACUGAUGAAAUUUAUCAAGGGUGGUAUAACAAGCUUGAAGAGAAUGGGUUCCUCAGGCGCAAGGGAGACCAGCGAGGCAGGACAGCGAACCAAGUGGGAGUGGUGUCAAAGGGUUGUUUGGAGCUGUACAAGGACUACGGUGCUCCUCAGGCUAAACCCGUCAUUACUCUUAUGGCAAACCGCUGCAGUGCCACGGCCAGCCGAGAAAGACGAGAAAUAAGAAUAAUUCACACCAACCCCUCAGGGAAACGGGAAAGGAUAACGCUUGACUGUGCCAGCUUGGCGGAGUUUGACAGGUGUAGCAUAAACUCCCUGCACCGUACAGUACUGACUGCCAUAUGUUUUACCUUCUUGUACGAUUGGGUGUGUGGUGCGGGGGCGUAUAUCUUCAGAUGGAAUGUUGCUCUUCAUUUUGGCAAUUUCCUGAAGGGUGAAGACUUGCAGGUAAUUCGCAACCUUUCGUCUCAAGACCGUUUUUGCAUGCGCACUAGGGGUCUCGAUAGAUCCGAAGCCCCAAAGAUUGCUCCCAGCGAGACCGUUGUAUACGUAUUUCCUAUAAACAUGUUUGAAGACGCAUCGGGAAGAAAGUCGGCGCUGUUAAUCGAAAACAGAAUGAUAAUGCUAUUUCCGACUCCCGAUGCAACCGACCCUAUUUUGUGUUUCCAUGCCAACGAGUGCGAGGUGCAACCUGUCAUCGCUCAGCGGAAGCUUCGGGUGUAUGUAAAUAGGAACACAAGGAGAGAACAACGCAUAGACUUCAUUCUGCCUCUUGCUAAAGAUCUUGACCGGAAGGGGCUCAUGGCAGUUUACAAGAGCAAGUUUGAGCCUCCCAGGAAAGCUACUGUGACAUCCCCAGACUCCCGAGAGAGGUGGGAGUUUGCGUUGAAGUUGACGGGAUUCAAGCCGUUUUCCACAGUGCAGCUUCCGCGCUUUUUCCUUCCUCAGAUAAUUUACGGUUUUGUUGCCGAAGAAGCUUCCGAACUAAGAAAAGAGGGCCUCCUAGGUAACGCAAGGGCUGCUUUGGGGCUGCUGAACUUGCAGAGAGAAAACCGAGGUUCCACCUUUCAAACGGACCAGCAAACGCAUCGCUCUCAGCCCCGCAGCGACUCUGGCAGCCGCUAA